AUGGCGUGCAGCCUCAAGGACGAGCUGCUGUGCUCCAUCUGCCUGAGCAUCUACCAGGACCCGGUGAGCCUGGGCUGCGAGCACUACUUCUGCCGCCGCUGCAUCACGGAGCACUGGGUGCGGCAGGAGGCUCAGGGCGCCCGCGACUGCCCCGAGUGCCGGCGCACGUUCGCCGAGCCCGCGCUCGCGCCCAGCCUGAAGCUGGCCAACAUCGUGGAGCGCUACAGCGCCUUCCCGCUGGACGCCAUCCUCAGCGCGCGCCGCGCCGCGCGGCCCUGCCAGGCGCACGACAAGGUCAAGCUCUUCUGCCUCACCGACCGCGCGCUGCUCUGCUUCUUCUGCGACGAGCCCGCGCUGCACGAGCAGCACCAGGUUACCGGCAUAGACGAUGCCUUCGAGGAGCUGCAGAGGGAGCUGAAGGAACAGCUUCAGGCCCUACAGGACAGCGAACGGGAGCACACCGAGGCACUGCAGCUGCUCAAGCGACAGCUGGCUGAGACCAAGUCUUCCACUAAGAGCCUGCGGACCACCAUUGGCGAGGCCUUCGAGCGCCUGCACCGGCUAUUGCGAGAGCGGCAGAAGGCCAUGCUGGAGGAGCUGGAGGCUGACACGGCCCGCACACUGACUGACAUAGAGCAGAAGGUCCAGCGGUACAGCCAGCAGCUACGGAAGGUGCAGGAGGGCACCCAGAUCCUGCAGGAGCGGCUGGCUGAGACAGACCGGCACACCUUUCUGGCAGGGGUAGCCUCCUUGUCUGAGCGACUCAAGGGGAAAAUCCACGAGACCAACCUGACAUACGAAGACUUCCCAACCUCUAAAUACACAGGCCCCCUGCAGUACACCAUCUGGAAGUCUCUGUUCCAGGACAUCCAUCCAGUGCCUGCUGCCCUGACCCUGGAUCCAGGUACUGCUCACCAGCGCCUGAUCCUGUCUGAUGACUGCACCAUCGUGGCUUAUGGGAACCUACACCCACAGCCGCUACAGGACUCACCAAAGCGCUUCGACGUCGAGGUGUCGGUGCUUGGUUCCGAGGCCUUCAGUAGUGGUGUCCACUACUGGGAGGUGGUGGUGGCAGAGAAGACCCAGUGGGUGAUUGGGCUGGCACACGAAGCUGCCAGUCGCAAGGGCAGCAUCCAGAUUCAGCCAAGCCGUGGCUUCUACUGCAUCGUCAUGCAUGAUGGCAACCAGUACAGCGCCUGCACAGAGCCCUGGACACGGCUCAACGUCCGGGACAAGCUUGACAAGGUGGGUGUCUUUCUGGACUAUGACCAGGGCCUGCUCAUCUUCUAUAAUGCCGAUGACAUGUCCUGGCUCUACACCUUCCGUGAGAAGUUCCCUGGUAAGCUCUGCUCCUACUUCAGCCCUGGCCAGAGCCACGCCAAUGGCAAGAAUGUCCAGCCGUUGCGGAUCAACACUGUACGCAUCUAGUCCAGGCCUUCUGGGGCCACUACCACCAGCAAGCGCCCUUCCUAGCAGAUGGGAGGCCUGGACUUGAGCCUACCACAGCCACUCUGAGACCUCAAGCUGGUGAUUCAUCCUCCAGCUGCCUUGUCCUGUCUUGUGACAUGAAGAUGGUAUUCCAUGUUUCUUAAACUCUCUCCCAGCAUUGAUGUUUUGUUGUCCUGACCUUGACAUGGCCUCUCAGGGCAGCCUCUGCCUACCCUCACCCCCUGAGGACUCCUUCCCUCUGCCUCCCUCCUGUCCAGCUGCCCUGGCCUUGGGAUGUUUAUCAAAUGUGGCCAAUAGUUGGCAGCCUAAAAUCCUCUUAUGCUCAUGGUCUAAAACUUGACUCUGACUAAGUCUUGACCCCAGCCUACAGUGGACAUGGGCAGUAGCUGAUCCUAGGGUUGCUUAAGAAUACCUUCUGCCUACUUUGUAUGAAGAGCUUGUGGUUCCUCUUUUCCCAUGGUCUGAAAGUCUGAGAUGACAAUGCUGCUUCUGGAAGGCACCCAGUAGUUGAGCCCACAUGUUAAGCUACCAUGUCACUUUCCUGUCCACCACCUAAAGGCAGAUUAAGGGCUCCCCAGAGGCUGAAAUAGAGGCCAUUAAUUAAAGACACCUGAAGGACAUGACAUCACGGAAUGAUCAGUGUCCUCAGCAGUUCUGGACAAGGGCCCUCACCAGCCAGUCUCUGUGACCUGCUAGGAAGCAGAGAGACCACUAGGAGCAGCUGUUGGAGAGACUGUAGGCUGGAAUGCUUUUCAGACUUGGCAUCUCUCUCGCUUAGAACCCUACUGCAGAAACAAGAGCCACUUUAAGCUGGCUUAAUUAGACAAGGAUUUAUUGCCAGCCCCCUGUGGCUUGCAAAAUUAUUCAAAGGGCUGAAGAAGCAGUCUUUGCUGAAUGUCCAGAACAAUUUCCAGCUGCCAGAUUUACUGGGUCUCUCAUGACCAGGAAAGCUGCUCCCAUCUGUGGGAAGCCACUGACGGGAGAAUUGCGCUCCCACUGCCACCGUCCCCACCAGUAAGUGGUUGUUCUGAAGCCUGCCUUUCUCCACUUAACUCAGGUCCCAAAUACACAUAUCCACAGGGGAUUCUGUUGGUGGAAACUUGAGUCAGAACCCCAUCCUUAGCUGCAAAGGAAUCUGGGAAAGGUAGUUUUCUUCUUUGCAGCCUCAGCCAUACUAAAACAGGUGGCCACUGAACAAGUCCAUCUGCACCUUUUGUCACAGCAUACGACCAUGAAGAACAAAGAAGAGUCUACCUUGAGGUAUUGAUUUUAAGGCGCACAGCCUGGAGGUGUACUGCUGUGACUAAAGGAACCCGAAGGACAUGUAUCACAGAAUGAUCAAAGUCCUCAGCAACUUCUAGACAAGGGCCCUCAUCAGCCAGGCGUCUGGAACCUUCUAGGAUGCAGAGAGGCUGGCAACUAGAGGUGAAAGUCCAAAAGUAAACCUGCAAGAUCAAGACAAAAUGUCUCCUCAGCCUUGGCUUCUCUAAUCCUCGAGCUUCAGUUCUGUACUUGGGGGUGCCUGAACACACCCAUCUUAAAAAUGCCAGAAGAGCUAAGCUUGACUCUACUGCCACUCACUGGGGCCUCCUAUGAGCCUCAACUCCCAGAAUCUGGGCCACCUCCACCAGUAUUUUUAUUUAAACAUUGCCCAUUUUGUGAGCUAUGGUCAAUUUUUAUUAAAGUUAUAGGAUGCCA